AUGCCGCCGGUGAAGGGGGUGGAGGAGGCGGAUGAUGGCGACUUGGAGAGGGAGAGAGAAGCGGUGGUGGUGGUGGAGGCGAGGUCACCGGCGGCGCUGCUGCUCACUGACGGCGGGGGAAGGCGAGGCGAGGGGAGGAGGGGAGGGGGAGGGGGGGGGGGGUUGCAGAGGCUAGGCACGACGGCGGCGACGGCGGAGGAUAACGGAGGGGGAGGGGGAGGGGACGCCGGGGCGGCGGCGAGGCGGCGGUGGGAUCUGCCCGAGAAGGCGGCCGACAGCACUCCAAGCGGCAAAGGGGUUGUAGAAAUGUCCACGGAUGAUGAAUCAGAUUGUGUGGUUAUAUGUCCCCCAAAUGGGAAAGCUGGUCAUACAGAAGUUAUGAGUGGCAGGCAUGAUGAAGAUUCUUCAAGAGGGCAAGAAACCCCUUCUACUAUAGACUCACAUAUGAAUGGGAAUGUCCAGGAUGGAGUGCCUGCAGAUCAAGAUGUGCUGAAGCUGGUUGAUCAGCAGAAGUCUUCUCUUCCCAGUUCACCAAUAAACCAUGGUAUAGCUGAACAGGAAGAGUCAAACCACACUGUUCCUCAGCCAUUUGCUCCUGCAACUGAAAGGGAGGAUUCUGGAGAAGGAGAUUGUACUCCAGUGCCUCAUCCCACCAGCAACGGUGAAAAACUCUCUGAUAAAAGUAGCACCUCGCUGGCAAGUAUGGCGAAGAAGAGUCCAUCAGUGACACCCAGGAAGCCUCUGCAAGCUGACAGUACUUCCCAUAGUCACGAAGAUGAUUCAUAUUCGGUUACUUCAACUGUAACUUCAGCAAGGACUGGAAAAAUUAAGAAGACAACAGUUCCUGUCGCACCUACUUUUAUAUGUGGUAAUCGUCUUGAGAAGAGGGGAGAGUUUUACACAAAAUUGGAAGAAAAACGCAAGGCCUUGGAAGAGGAGAAACUAGAAGCUGAGGCAAGAAAAAAGGAAGAGCAAGAAGAAGCUCUGAAACAACUAAGGAAGAAUCUGGUUAUUAGAGCAAAACCCAUGCCAAGCUUCUAUCAAGAGGGUCCCCCACCUAAGGUUGAACUUAAGAAGGUGCCUCCAACUCGUGCCAAAUCACCAAAAUUGACACGGAGAAAGAGCUGCAGCGAUACCCCUCAUACACCAGAGGGUAAAAAUGGAAGUGCAGCAUGUUGCCGGUUACAUCGUCACAGUAUUGGGAACUCCAAAGAAGUUAACAGCAGGACCCAAUGUUCUCCGAAGAGUGCUCCAAAGACUGGAGUAGCCGCAAAACCCAGAGCGACCAAGGGCGUCAUGAAGAAUGUGGGAAAGCCAGGUGCUGCGAAUGUUGCUGUACAAACCUAACUCAUGAUCCAUUCCCAUUCCCGUGCAAUUUUUCGAUUUAAUUUAUACCUCACAUCGCCGAUGACGGCAUCAUGUCCCGACAACAGUGUGUUUGUUGCUGGAUUAUUUUUUUUGCAUUCUCCUUGUAAGAACCUUGGUACAGAGACCAUGUGGUAUUCCGUGUUGUAAAUUUGUCGAGGUUUUGUAAGGGGGUAACCGAGUCAGUGCUGUAAGAACUAAUCUGGCAGCCGAUAGGCUGUUGGUGUGACAUUGUUGUUGAUGUAUGGCGGCGUUCGCAGAUCCUAUGGUAUUGUAUUUAAGCAUCAACUUGUUAUUGUUGAUAUUGUUGCAAAA